AUGAGGCAGGGAGCAAAACUAAAGCAGGAGGCAACCUCUGGAUACACUGAGUGCACUGAGAGAUGGGAUCAAGACAACCCAACAAGCCUCUCAGGUUAUCCUGUCAUACCAAAGUACUACUCUGUGCCAGCUGAUUUUGUAGAAUAUGAAAAAAGAAACCCUGGUAGUCAGAAGCGAUUUCCUAGCAACUGUGGCCGUGAUGGAAAACUGUUUCUCUGGGGACAAGCCCUUUAUGUCAUCGCAAAACUCCUGGCUGAUGAAUUAAUUAGUCCUGAAGACAUUGAUCCUGUUCAGCGUUAUGUCCCACUACGGAAUCAACGUAAUGUGAGCAUGAGGUUUUCCAAUCAGGGCCCACUGGAAAAUGAUUUGGUUGUUUAUGUAGCGCUCAUAGCAGAAAGCCAACGCCUUCAAGUUUUCCUCAACACAUAUGGUAUUCAGACUCAAACUCCUCAACAGGUAGAACCCAUUCAGAUCUGGGCCCAGCAGGAGCUUGUGAAAGCUUAUUUCCAUCUGGGGAUCAAUGAAAAAUCAGGACUCUGCGGAAGGCCAGAUAGGCCCAUUGGCUGCCUCGGUACAUCAAAGAUUUAUCACAUUCUAGGAAAGACUGUGGUUUGUGGCAGCAAAAAAUGUUGGUCGGUGGUGCGCCAUACAGCAAGUCUUUUAAGUAAACUAGUGGACAGCCUGGCCCCAUCCAUUACUAAUGUUUUAGUGCAGGGCAAACAGGUAACUCUGGGUGCCUUUGGACAUGAAGAAGAGGCUAUCAAUCCUUUGUCUCCAAGAGUGAUUAAGAACAUCAUCUAUUACAAGUGUAAUACCCAUGAUGAGAGGGAGUUGGUCAUUCAGCAAGAACUGGUCAUUCACAUUGGCUGGAUCAUCUCCAAUCACCCGGAGUUAUCCCGUGGCAUGCUGAAAAUACGAACUGGGUGGAUAAUCCAUGCUAUGGGGUAUGAACUACAGAUCCGUGGCGGAAACAAGCCAGCCAGAGACUUAUAUCAGAUGUCACCUAGUGAAGUGAAACAGCUUCUCCUGGGUAUUCUGCAGCCUCGACGGAAUGGAAGAUGUUGGCUGAACAGGUGUCAGAUCGAUGGGUCUUUGAAUAGAACUCCCCCUGAGUUCUAUGACUAAGUGUGGCAGAUCCUGGAGCACACACCCAAUGGAAUCAUUGUAGCCGGAAGGCAUUUGCCCCAGCAACCAACCCUGUCAGAUAUGACCAUGUAUGAGAUGAAUUUCUCUUUCCUUGUUGAAGACAUGUUGGGAAAUAUUGACCAGCCAAAAUACAGACAGAUAGUUGUGGAGUUACUAAUGGUUGUAUCCAUUGUACUGGAAAGAAACCCUGAGCUAGAAUUUCAAGACAAAGUAGAUCUAGACAAACCGGCGAAAGAAGCAUUUCAUGAAUUUCAAAAAGAUGAGAGUCUACUAAAAGAAGCUGAAAAACAAGAUGACAUGACUUCCUUUUACAGUACUCGCCCCCUGGGAAAAAGAGGAACAUGCAGCUAUUUGACAAAGGUCGUGAUGAAUUUGCUGCUGGAAGGAGAAGUCAAGCCAAGCAAUGAUGACCCAUGUCUGGUUAGCUAGUGAGGAAGGUGUUAGAGACUCUGUUGAGGCAGGUUUUCCAGAAGUGUGUUAAGUUUGUGUUGAAGCUUAAUCAAGGCAGCCAUUAAUGUGUGGGCUGAUCAUGCUGGUGAGUAGUUGCCCCACCCUUGGCAGAGUUAUUGGACCUCUUGCAUGCC